UAGUGGUCGGUAAAGUAUCACGCUUUGGCUAUUGACCAGACAACCUCUUUUCCUCUGUUGUCAUUUCUUUCGAUUUCUUUUCUUUUUUUCUUCAUCCUUAAUAUAAUUUUAUUAAUUGAAUUAUAUUUGGGUUAUAUAAGAUAAUUUUCAGCCAUGGAUCCUCUGUGACCCUUUUAAGUUUCUAUCUUUUACCGAUUUCAAACGGCAUAUUAGCGCAAUUUUAUCAAAUUUAUAUGCAUAUGUUUCAUUCAGGUGGGUUCUGGUGCCCUUCUGUGGCAUUACAUCUGGGUUUGUGUUAGAAUUGGUGAACAUUGAAAGGCAGCUUCAGAUUUUGAGCUGCAUGUGGGAUCUCUUUCCCGGCUUUACGGUUGUUGAGCCAUGGGAGAGUGGGUCAUUGGAGCUAUCAUCAACUUGUUCGGUAGCAUUGCCAUCAACUUUGGAACUAACCUUCUUAAAUUGGGUCACACUGAGAGAGAAAGGCAUUCUGUGCUAGAUAGCGACGGAACAAAUGGAAAGCAUUCAUUGAAGCCUAUUAUAUACUUCCAUUCUUGGAGAGUUGGUGUUGUAUUUUUCGUUCUUGGAAAUUGCCUUAAUUUCAUAUCUUUUGGAUAUGCUGCUCAGUCCCUUCUUGCAGCCCUUGGCUCUGUUCAGUUUGUUUCGAACAUCGCAUUUGCUUACUUUGUGUUCAACAAAAUGGUGACUGUCAAGGUUCUGGUAGCAACAGCCUUUAUUGUUCUCGGAAACAUUUUUCUUGUUGCUUUUGGCAAUCAUCAAUCACCUGUUUUCACACCAGAAGAAUUGGCAGAAAAGUACAGCAACAUUACAUUUCUUGUGUACUGUCUGAGUUUGAUCUUAGUUGGUGCCUUGAAUCACUACAUUUACAGGAGAGGAGAACUUAUGCUUGCUGUUUCUGGACAAGAUCUUAAAGACCUUAAACCCUAUUGGCAUAUGAUGCUUCCAUUUUCGUAUGCUAUAGUUUCGGGUGCUCUAGGAUCAUGCUCAGUGUUGUUUGCAAAAUCUCUCUCUAACCUUCUCCGGUUGGCCAUGUCUAAUGGUUAUCAGUUGCACAGUUGGUUCACAUAUUCAAUGCUUCUUUUAUUUCUUAGUACAGCUGGAUUUUGGAUGACAAGGUUGAAUGAAGGAUUGGCACUGUUCGAUGCAAUCCUAAUUGUUCCCAUGUUUCAGAUUGCUUGGACUUUCUUCUCUAUUUGUACAGGAUUUGUAUACUUUCAGGAGUAUCAGGUAUUUGAUGCACUGAGGAUAACAAUGUUCAUCCUAGGAAUGAUGUCAGUGUUUGUAGGCAUCUGUUUGCUGGCACCUGAUGACUCUAAAGGUGGUGAGGGUAAAGAUAAUUCAUCUUUUGUAUCAGUGGUAUCUUCAAGCAUUUCAAAUGAAGUGGACAGAUUGACUGUGCCCCCUGAAAAAACACAAAAUAAAGAAACAAGACCAUUUGUGCAAGGAAUGUUUACGAAGAUUUCAGGGAUGAUAUCCAAGGCAAAGACUGCUUGUUCAUUAUCAUUAGGUUUCGGAGAGGAUUCGAUCAAUGCAUCUGCAGUUUUUGUUAUGCCAAUGGUGUCAUCAAAGAUAACAGGUUUCCGAGGAAACAGGUUUGACAGGGCUAAGAUUUUGUCCAUGAGAAAUUCUGGUUGGAGUAGUAUUUCAAUGGGUGAAGAUGAGGCAAAAUUGUUAGACACAGGCACAAUACUCCCUCCCACGGCCAUGCUGAAGCUAGCCGUGCUCCGUCCUUUAUUUUACCAGUCGCGUCUCUUGUUCUCAGAAGCAGCAUCAGCUCAGACUCAAACCCAUUACCAGCCUCCGGUUAUCGAAACUGGAACAUGCAUUGCGUUGAUCAAGCAAUGCCAAACGCUUCGACCCUUGAAAGCCCUUCACGGGUUCAUCCAAAGAUCUCACUUUCACCUUCUUCACCGAGAACUUUUCCUCAUCACCAAUCUCGUCUCCCAAUACGCCUCGCUCGGCUCUGUCUCCACCGCUUUCUCCCUCUUCUCUUCCGUUUCACAUUUCUCUGAUCUCUUCCUAUGGAACGUCAUGAUCCGUGCCUUCGUUGAUAACCGCCACUUCGAUAGCGCAUUGCAGUUGUACGAUCAAAUGCGUCGAUUUGAUAUCAAGCCUGAUAAUUUCACGUUACCUUUUGUUCUCAAGGCUUGUGGGUGUUUGCGUGAUGUUGAAAUUGGAAUUAAGGUUCAUCAAGAGGUUCUUGAUUUUGGGUAUCAGUCUGAUGUCUUCGUUGGUAAUUCUCUUAUUGCUAUGUAUGGUAAGUGUGAUCGUAUUGAUGUUUCUAGGAAAGUGUUUGAUGAAAUGCCUGAAAGAAAUGUUGUUACUUGGAGUGCAAUGACUGGUGCUUAUGCACAAAAUGGUUGCUUCGAGGAAGGGUUAUUUUUGUUUAAGAGGAUGUUGGAUGAGAGGAUUAGGCCUAAUCGGGUUGUUCUUUUGAAUGUGAUGGCGUGUGUUCGUAGAGAGGAUGAUGCUGAUAAUAUUUGUAGAGUGGUUGUAGAUAAUGGACUUGAUUUUCAUCAGUCUUUACAAAAUGCUGCAAUGAUAAUGUAUGGGCGGUGUGGAAGAAUGGAGUUGGCUCGAAGAUUCUUUGAUAGGAUUUUGAAUAAGGAUCUGGUGUCUUGGACAUCCAUGAUUGAGGCUUAUGCUCAGGCUGAUUUGUCUCUUGAAGCCUUGGAGCUAUUUAGACAGAUGAAAUUGCAAUGGAUUAUCCCUGAUUCUGUAACCUUUCUUAGUGUGAUCCGAGCUUGUUCAAGUCUAGCAUCCUUUCAGCAAUCACGUUUGGUUCAUGGAAUAAUAAUCCGCGGUUGCUUCAAUAAUAGAUUAGCCUUGGAUACUGCUGUAGUUGAUCUUUACGUGAAAUGUGGGAGCUUAAUAUACGCUAGAAAAGUUUUUGAUAGGAUGCUUGAAAAAAAUGUAAUCUCAUGGAGCACAAUGAUCUCGGGUUAUGGGAUGCAUGGCCAUGGUAGAGAAGCACUCCGCCUCUUUGAUAAGAUGAAAGCUUCAAUAAAGCCAGACCACAUCACAUUUGUGUCAGCUUAUUGGUAUUCUUCUGGAUCUGAAUUUGGGAUAAUUAUCAGUGCCACGUCUACUAUUCCGAUGGAAUUGAGCUCCAUAGAUCUCAAAGUCAUGUACUGCAAAGAUCUGAAAGGGUUCAAUUUCUUUCAGAAACUUUCCGUCUAUGCUCUGGUUUCAAUCAUCAGCGAUGAUCCUGACAAAAAAUUGGAGCAUAAGCAGCAACACAGAACUCCAACUGACAAAGAGGGAGAUGGGAAUCCUGAAUGGCAACAUGAGAUGCAAUUUGAUCUUAAGGGGGUUUCGUUUCACGAUUGUGAUCAUCUCUUUAUUCACUUUGAACUGCGACAUGAAGGAGUCAUGUUUGGAGACAAAAAUAUUGGUGAAGUUCGUGUUCCGUGCAAGGAUCUUAUCCUAGACUCCAAUGGCGGCUUCAAAUUUGUUAAUUAUGAGGUCCGAACAACUGAUGGUAAACCAAAUGGAGUAUUGUGCUUUGCCUACAAGGUAAAUGGAACUGGGUUUCCAAUUUCUCAUCAUCAUCAUCCUCAGACAUCUGGGACUUUAUAUUCACCCAUAGAUGUUCAUAGCUCAAGACCAGAACUUCAUUCUGUUCCUCCUCAAACAUCUGAGAAUCUAUAUCCCCCAAUAAAUGUUCAUACUCAAACAGCAGAGAUUUUAUAUCCCCCAAUAAGUGUUCAUAGCUCAGCCCCAGAAGUUCAUACUCAGACAUCUGAGAUUUUGUAUCCCUCAUUAGAUGUUCAUAGCACAACCCCGCAAGUUGCCUAUCCUGUUCAAACCUCACCAGCCACCUCACAAGAUGUUCAGUACUUAUCAACGGUCAGCCAGCAUACACACCAAGAAAAUUAUUAUCCCCCACCGGGUACUUAUUAUUCUGCGCCAAGGCCGCCUCCUCCUCCUCCGCCACCUUUUCCACUUCCAUAUCUACCCCAUCCACCACCGCCAGGUCCGCAGCCACCACUACUACCACCAAUGGCACAUGGGGGAUUUUACCAUCCUCCUCAUCCAUCACAUUUCCAUGGUUGGGCACCUGAACCUCACAUGGGUUUCUAUGGCCCUUCUGCCGGACAUUCUCAUUCAUUCGACCAUGGAGAAGCAUCAGCAAGCCAUUCCCCAGCUUGGAGAGAUGGCCGUUCAUCAUCUUGGAAUGGUAGGUGAGAAUGUUUGGGCAAAAAGUAGCAUGUGAUUCUGGUUAGAACUUUGGGGGCUGUGUCUAUAAUGUUGUUUUGUCAAACUUUAGUUCUGUUUACACGAGGUUUUGCAAUCCUCAGAUGACUAUUAUUGUUGGUAUUACUUGUAACCAAAUUCAAAAAGGAGAAAAAAAAAUUAAUAUGUAUUAGAGAGUAGAGAAGAAGGUUCUGGCAAGUGACGACUAAUUCCACUAUAUGCAUCGUGCUUAAAUGAAUUAUUCUGA